AUGAGCUCGGCCAAGACCAGUCCUGUUAAAAAGCCAAUUCAACCCACAGAUAUCUCUAAAGAAACCGAUACUACAGAAAAUGGUGAUGAAGAUACGCCCUCCACGACAAACGAAAUUGACGAAGACCCAUCAAUCCUUUCUGACCCAGAAGACUACUUAGAAGAGAAUGAGUCUCUAGAUAUGAACUUGAGUCGAGGCGAUCAGAAGGUUUGGUUGGUGAAAUUGCCCAAAUAUUUGAUGGACAAAUGGAGUGACCCAGAAUCAAUGAAGAAGGGAAAUCAGCUAGGGAAUGUGAAAAUCAGAAAAGACGCAAGGGGGAAACUAGAAGUGAAGCUUGUUUUGGAAAAGAACGAAACGGAUAUACCACAAGAAUAUGAUAUUAAAAUGCUCAAUACUCAAGUUCGUAAUUCCUACGCUUUCACUGAGGAGAAUUUAAAGAAAUUCAAACAAGAAUUAACCGAAGUUGGGGCAAUGCCUCAACAACCUCAAUUGAAAGAAACGGAUGACAAGAAGAAGAAGUUUCAACCCAGAAGAAAAUUCAAGUAUUUCAGAGUACAAAAAAAUGGCGAUGGUUCCAAUGGGCAACCCAUUCGAAAAUAUAUUCCAUUUGUCAAAACCAUUCCCAAAAAGACAAGCCUCUUGGGGAAAGUUGUUCAUGAUUGUCUGAUUGUUCCAUCAAAAAGAGAUAAAAGCUAUGCCGCAUUGAUUAGAAGCCGCGAUGCAAAUAUUCAAGGGCCACCUAGACCAAAAGUCACCUUGCUUAAUGAAAUCCCUGGAGUCAUUCAAUCCAAUGCUGGUCCUUCGAUCAAAGGCAACAACACCUCAGUCUUUCUCAAAUCCACCCAACCUAAGAACAAAGCUGAUGGCAGGGCCAUUAGAAUGCCCAAGCAAGAUCUUUUGGACUUGUUGUUUAGACUAUUUGAAGAGUAUGAGUAUUGGUCAAUCAAGGGGUUGAAGGAGCGGACAAAACAACCAGAAUCGUACUUGAAGGAGUCGUUGGAUUCAAUUGCGAUUUUGAUAAAGAAGGGGCCGUAUACUUCCAAAUGGGUAUUGAAGCCGGAAUAUAGAAAGUUGAGAGAUGCUGAAAGAGCAGCAAGGUUGGGGCUUAAUGAGGAGGAUCAAGGUAAAGAGAAUGAAGAGGGAGAAGGAGAGAAUGAGGACGAGGAUAUGGAAGACGUUAUUUAG